AUGGGGGUUUCAAGGUCAGGCAGCAGCGAGAUGUUCUUCGUUGCCAUUGAUGUGGCCCGAUCUGGCGUCAAGUGUCUUCUCAAUCCCAUCCUGGCCGAAGGUAGCUCAAAUUCUCCUGUAGAAAAGAUACCAGAAAGGCCUUUUCGCUCCAUCUUUUGGCAUGCCUGGCAAGUUCGACCCCAAUCCGUCAUGAGGACAACUCAGCACCGGCACCGGGAGCAGAUGCAAGCGCAGCACUCGCCAGAGAGGAAGCCAUGUGGCCAAUACAUCAACGGAUGGCACACCUUCGAAGCGCCUGUAGGACGAAAACGUUUGUGUUCUGGAUCACCAUACAUCUCGCUGAUGAGAAAUGAGGCAGCACCACAUCUUCAUCGCGCCGACGUCCCUACAGCGCACGUCACGGACCGCGCCCUCAUCUCCACGCGAGGCCAUCCCCAGCGCAUUCGUCACUCUGCAUACCUGUUCCGGAUCCAGCAAGGAUAUGAGUUUCAGAACAAACGCCGCAUUUGCACUGAUUCCAAGCUUUCGGACACCGCUCUCGAGAAGCGCUCGGGCUCGGUCGAUGGUCUCGUGUUGAGGCAGGACUGGCGGUGGAAUGUCGAAGUGAUGGUGGCUGGUUCCCACACAUCGACACACUGCUAGCUUCGAAUGUCUUCGUUCGGACUAUCUCGGACGGUGGCUGGCGAGCCCAUCCGGCUGACGUGGGAGACGUGCUGGCGAACGCAGACGUCGGAGCUUAUCGUAGUGCCCCGUGCGACAGGCGUGAUCGGCCAUGCUCAGCGUGGGCAUCCGCAGCGUGAUCAACCCAGUAUCACACGUGUAGAGCAAAUGAAUUGGCGGACGGAGCGAGCAGGAAUAGCAGCCUGACCUGCUGAUCUUGGGAUGCCGGCAAAUGGGUACCGAGCGGGUGUGGCGGUUGCAGGAAAGCUUCGACGACGGCAGAUUCUCAGAUUCAACAGUGACGUCGAAGAGCAGGUCCGGCCAUGAUCGUGGACUAUGCAAAUCAUCAAAAGGAACGGGUUGAUGUGGCGGGGAGGCAUUGGGCAGCGGCGCGUCGGCCUCAGGUUCCACGGCCAGGAUCUUCCCUCCGAUAUGGCCGAAUGACAGCCUCACUUGCAUGGGUACCUCGACAACAUCCAGUCCAGAACUGCAUCUGCUCCCUUAAAGCGUGGAGAUGUGGGUAUGGAAAAGCGCGCAUCAUCUCUUGCUCCGCUUCGGCUCUUGACGUGUAUAAGGAGAUGCAUCUGCGCGGUCAUGAAUCAGUUUCUUACUUUGCUCGCGCGUCACAUUUCUCGUGUCUGCUUG